CCAGCAGGAGGGAGGAGGAUCCGCAGAAACAACCGGGUCACAAACAGAGUCUGAAAUCCUUUAUUGGGGCAGCAUUAGAUUUACAGGAAGAUCAGAGCAUAAUGCAGCACACACUGCAUACAAUCUCUUUAAGGACCAAUUAAAAUUAUGCUCAUUGUCUUUACUUUAUAUGAUUUCUGCAUUCAGGAGUCUGAAAACAGCCUGAGAAACAGCUACUAAAGAUUAAACAUAUCCACAUAUCUCAACUAUGACGCGAACCUUCCCACAGCUUCUCAGAGAUUACCUGGACGAGCGCCGUAUUAACAAAAACCGCCUGGUGACCAAAGAUGGCCAUUGUAACAUUGAGUUUGGCAAUCUGAGGUACAGCAGUCGCUUUGCCUACGUGCUAGAUAUAUGGACCACCAUCUUGGAAUUCCGCUGGAGCGUCGUCCUCUUCCUGUUCUCUGCCGCCUUCCUCCUCAGCUGGUUCAUUUUUGCGCUCCUCUGGUUUUGGAUCGCGAACAAUAAUGGAGACUUAUGGUGGCAGAACCCUUCACCUGAUCAUGAAGCUUGUGUAAUGAACGUCUACGGCUUGACCACAGCCCUCUUGUUCUCGUUCACAUCGCAGAUGACCAUCGGGUACAGCGUUCGAGUCAUUAAUCCAAUCUGUCCUGGUGCCAUCAUCCUCCUCAUUAUCCAGACUCUUUUUAGUACGGUUGUAAAAGGCUUCUGGUGUGGAGUGGUCAUCGCCAAAAUGUCCCUGCCCAAGAAAAGAGCCAAAACCAUUCAUUUCAGCAAGAAAGCGGUCAUCUGUCCUAAAGAUGGCGCCCUCUGUUUGCAGAUACGACUGGCGAAUCUUCGCAAAACUCUGCUGGUUGGAAGCCAAAUCUACGGAAAGCUGCUUAGAACCACAGUCACGGCCGAAGGCGAAACUGUAAUCAUGGACCAGAUUAAUAUCAAUUUCAUGGUGGAUGCUGGCAAGGACAACCUCUUCUUCGUCUGCCCUUUGACCCUAUAUCACAUCAUUGACAGGACGAGCCCCUUCCUAGAGAUGGCUGUGGACAAUCUGCAACACCAAGAAUUCGAGUUAGUGGUAUUUCUGGCUGGCACAGAUGAGUCAACCAACUUCUCCUGCAAUGUCCGAACAUCGUACAUCCCGCGAGAGAUCAUGUGGGGAUACGAGUUCUUCCCCAUCAUCUCUCGCAGCAAAGAUGGAACCUACUCUGUGGACUUCUCCGAGUUCGAUAAAGUGGAACCUGUACCAACUCCACACUGUGCCAUCUGCUUCCACAACGAGAAAGCCCAUCACUUUAACCCAAUAGACGGCAUCGAUAACCAAGUGUUUGAAGAAAUUGAAGUCCCUCACCAGGGUGAAUUUAGUCAGGAGGGAGGCCAAACAUCGGUUAGUUUCCGAACUGUUCGCAAAAAAUCCUAAAUUUCUGUCCAGUUGUUUAAAACAUCUACAAAAAUGUUUGGUCCCACUUGUUAUUAAGUGUUUUUAAUAGAUGUCUUGUUACACUUUAACAUUAAAAUGAUCUUAUUACUGUACAUUUAUGAGUAAGUGCAUAUUAUGUAAUUACAUACCCAGCUAACAAAGAAAAACAUUAAAGGAAUGAUUACAAAAGUUAUAAAAAAGGUUUCACGAAGGUUAGCUUUUAACGUUACAGAAAUAAUUUUGCAGGAAUGUUCUGAAAAAGUGUGACAUAAUAAUGGUUUGCAUCACAACAUUACUAGAACAUUUCUAACAUAACAUUAUAGAAACAUUAAAUGUAAUUUCCAAAAUGAAGUUACAUUGCAGCAAAUUGUUACAAAAACAUUUAAAAACAUUAAAGAAAAACUUUCUAAGAACAUCCAGAAAACGUGACAGACUGAACAUUCUGUUAGUAACCAACAAUUCUUAGCUGGGUAUGUAUUGAUUUUUUGGCACUUUUUAUUUGUCACAUUUCACAAUGAAAAUUGUGACAAAGCAACUUUACAGUGAUCCAUGUCCAAGCCUCAUUCAAAUCAAUGACAGCAGUGGAAAGAAACAAAUCUCUCAGAUCUAGAAGAAGAAAUCUCAAAAGAGGAAACAAGACUUGAAAGUGGAAUCCAAGGAAUGGGAUUCCUCCACUGGAUGACAAGACAAAACACAACAAAAAGAAAAAAUGGACAUAAUACAAGAAUUGAGAAUAUGAGUGACACAUGCUCACUGUCAGGCCAGUGUCCUCAGCAUGAGGACAUUACAGUAAGAGCAUCUCAAUACGUGGUAAAGAAAUAAAAGUGUUUAGAGGAUUGUUAAAUAUAUUGGUGAGUUAAUACAGUAAUAAGAGCUUGAUCCAGAGGAAGGCAGGCACCAACACCCAACCACGAACUCGCACCAGCAUCAAGCAGCCAGCAGGGGCAGCUGAGGACAUGGUUGAGAAAAAAGGAGAAGAUGUACAAGAGGUUUAGAAAUCUAAAUAUUCUAGUGUUGGGCCUGUUGAGGAAUAAAGUUAAAAUCAGAAAAAUACAGCUCAAACAAAUGUAAAACCACUCAUCAUAUCACACAUAGAAUAAAAGUACAAGAAAUGAUCUGUUGUUCCUAACAUAAAGUUGUAUAAGUAGAUACAAACACAUUUACAAGAUGUACAUAGUACAGCAUACAGUACAUAGUCAUUAGACACACAACAAAUAAAGUGGGACCAAAUGGUUUAUUGAAAGUAGCAGGAUUUUUUGUAUGUCACUUAUUUACAUAUCUUCAAUUAUUUUCUUC